AUGUCGCUGCACAUCCUUCCCCCGUUCCGCGCCGACCACAUCGGUUCACUGCGCCGGCCGCAGAAGCUCCUGGAGGCGCGGGAUCAACUCGAUGCGGGAAAGAUCACCAAAGAGCAGCUUCGUCCGGUUGAGCUCGAGGCUAUCGAUGGCAUUGUGAAGCUUCAACGCGAUCUGGGCAUCAAGAGUAUCACGGAUGGCGAGUACACCAGGCACAUGUUCUUCGAUGGUGUUUUCAACAACCUCGACGGCUUUGAGCACGUUCCGGACGUACCCCUCGAGAAGUUCAUGGACUACGUGCCCGACACCGCCGGAUUCAAGUUGCUGAACUUCAAGAAGGCGGACUCUUACUUGUGCCAUGGCAAGAUCAAACGGACCAAGACCUUUUACGUCGACGAGUUCGAGACGCUUAAGGCACUCGUGCCUGCAGACGAGGUCAAGAAUAUCAAGUUGACGAUGUGCGCUCCCGAGUGGUUCCACCUCCGGCACGGCCCCUACGCGUACCCCAAGGACGUUUAUGCGACCGACGAGGAGUACUUCGCCGACAUCUCCAAGGCUUACCGCGAGGAGCUCGCCGAUCUCUACGCCCGUGGCUGCCGCAAUGUUCAGUUCGAUGACCCCCUGCUCGCAUACUUCUGCAGCGAGAAAAUGCUGGCGGGCAUGAAGGAGGAGGGUGUCGAUGCGGACCGCUUGUUGCAGCUAUACGUCAACGUCUACAACGACUGUCUGCGUGAGAAACCCGCAGACAUGUGUGCUGGAGUCCAUCUUUGCCGUGGUAACUUCAAGGGCGGACGCCACUUCAGCGAGGGAGGCUAUGAUGCUAUCGCAGUAAAGCUAUUCAACGAGCUGAAUGCGGACACCUACUACCUCGAGUACGACACCGAGCGCGCCGGCACGUUUGAACCUCUACGCCAUUUGCCGAAGACCAAGUCCGUCGUUCUCGGUCUCGUCACGAGCAAAUUCCCGACCAUGGAGGACCCGGAGGAGCUCAAGCAGCGCGUCGAGUCUGCCGCAUCAAUCAUCUCAUCGGGCGUCGAGCCAAGGACGCGCGAGGAGGCCUUGAACCAGAUCUGCAUUUCACCCCAGUGCGGCUUCGCGUCACACUCGCUCGGCAACGACGUGACCGACGAGGACAUGGCGAACAAGCUGAAGCUUGUUGUCAAGGUUGCUAAGGAGCUGUGGUCUGACGCCUGA